UGACACUUACCAUAACCUCAACAUUUAACUGUAACAGAUUGCAGUGAAUUGCAUCAGCUUUUUCAAUUAAUCUAACCGAAAAUGGUUUUGGAUUUAGAUUUGUUCCGUUCGGAUAAAGGCGGAAACCCCGAUCUAAUAAAGGAGAUCCAAAAGAAGCGGUACAAAGAUGUAAGUUUAGUUGACAAAGUGAUCGAAAGGGAUUCCACAUGGAGACAGCUCCGGCACAAAGCGGACAACUGGAACAAAUUGAAGAACGUUUGUAGCAAAGCCGUCGGGGAGAAAAUGAAGAAGAAAGAGCCCCAAGGAAGCCCCGACGAAGCCGUUCCCGAAAAUGUCGUAUCGAAUCUAGAAAAUUUAACCGCAGAUUUACUUAAACCGUUAACUGUAAAUCAAAUUAAAAAGGUAAGAGUACUAAUAGACGAGGCCGUGAUAAACAACGAUAACGAAUUAACGAAAACCGAAAAAGAAAGAAACGAAGCUUUAAAGGAAAUCGGAAACCUCCUGCACGAAUCUGUUCCUGUAGAUGACGACGAAGAUCACAACAAAGUCGAAAGAACAUUCGGAGAUUGUACGAUAAGAAAAAAAUACUCUCACGUAGAUUUAAUAGUAAUGAUCGACGGUAUGGACGGAGACAGAGGAGCUGCCGUCUCAGGAGGUCGAGGCUACUACCUAACUGGCCCGGCGGUAUUCUUAGAGCAAGCUUUAAUCCAACUGGCAUUGAGGACAUUGCACAAGAAAGGAUACAAGCCGAUCUACACGCCGUUCUUCAUGAGGAAAGAGGUUAUGCAAGAGGUAGCUCAAUUGUCGCAAUUCGACGAGGAAUUGUACAAAGUGAUCGGCAAGGGUAGCGAAAAAGCGGACGAGAAAGAAGUGGAGGAAAAGUAUUUGAUCGCCACAUCGGAGCAACCGAUCGCUGCUUUCCACAGGGACGAGUGGAUAGCCGAAGGCUCUCUACCUAUCAGAUACGCGGGAAUGUCGACUUGUUUCAGACAGGAAGUCGGCUCUCACGGACGCGACACUAGGGGUAUUUUCAGAGUGCAUCAAUUCGAGAAGGUGGAACAAUUCUGUUUGACGUCACCGUUCGACAACAAAUCUUGGGAAAUGAUGACCGAAAUGAUAGGAAACGCUGAAGAGUUCUACCAAGCUUUAGAAAUACCAUACAGAAUCGUGAAUAUCGUUUCAGGCGCUUUGAAUAACGCUGCGGCUAAGAAGCUCGAUUUGGAAGCUUGGUUUCCGGGUUCAGGGGCUUUUCGAGAACUGGUAUCGUGCAGUAAUUGCUUGGAUUAUCAAGCUAGGAGAUUGCUGGUGAGGUACGGGCAAACCAAGAAGAUGAACGCUACUACUGAUUAUGUGCACAUGUUGAACGCCACAAUGUGCGCCGUGACUAGAGUGAUUUGCGCCAUUUUGGAGAACAACCAGACCGAAACGGGCGUUAGAGUUCCGGUACUGUUGAGAGAUUACUUGCCCGAAGAGUACCGAGAUGAGAUCCCGUUCGUGAAACCCGCUCCGAUUGAUUUGGAGAAGGAUUCGAAGAAAGCGAAAAAGCAGAAAGAUGGCAUGAAGAAAGGCGGUGGAGAAGAAUAAGCGCAUUUUUUUAUUAUUAUCAAUUAUACUUAUCGGCUUUGUAUUGCAUUUAUUAAUUAAUUUAUUAAUAAAAGUAAUGGAA